AUGCUUUGUACUGAUACUCAAAGUAUUGACUCAAAAACAAUAAUUCGUGCUCGGGGACUUCCUUGGCAAGUAUCUGAUUUGGAUGUAGCUCUUUUCUUUGCUGGGCUGGAAAUUGCAAAAGGCGGAGUAAUUUUAUGUCUCGGACCUGAAGGAAGGCGAAAUGGGGAGUGUCUAGUUAAAUUUGAAACUCCAGAAUAUAGGGAUUGGGCUCUUGAACGGCAUAGAUGCCAUUUAAGACAACGAUAUAUUGAAUUAUACCGCUCAAGUGCUGACGAUUUUGUGAGGCAUGCUAUAGGUAAUUUUUAA